AUGGGCACAGAGUAUUAUUAGCCUGAAAUAAAAGCCAAAAAAAAAUUUCAAAAAAGGUAAAAACACUCAUUUUUUGGCUCUCGCUGCUGCUUUUUCAAUCCUCACCGUCACCGAUACGCAAGAAAAGGGAAAAAUAAUGAAAGGAGCCAAACGUUUCGCCGUCUCGGACUCGGCGCCGGACACUAACGACACGACUUUCCGGAAUGAAAGAGUAAUGGCAGGAUCCACUUUUGAUGCUUAUAGGGCAGAACCAUCUCAACAGCAGUUGACUGCAACUGUACCAUUGGAUAUGCGCCGGGCUGAGUCCUCUCGACAGCACGUGAGAGCUCUCAAUACUCAAUUUGCCAGUUGGGUGCAAGCACAACUGAAGAAUCAUCCAGAUGAAAUUUGGGAAGAUGGGGUUCGAGACUACCUUGCUCAUGCUUCAAACAUUAUGGAGAAGUUCAGUGAUGUUGUGAACUGGCUCAAAGCAAAUGCUGUAAAAGGAGGAACUGCCGCUGAAUCCCUUGGUACUGAAAAGAAACUUGUGCCUGAAGUAAAGAACAAUGAGAGUAAGUUAUUCCAGGGCAAAAUUGGAUUUGUUUCACCGAGUACAAAUACAAGCUUUACUGUGUCAUGGAGCUCUGGCGUAUUCUCCAAUAAUCAGAGUUCUGGAGGAGUAUUCUCUAAUAGCCAAAGCUCUGGUAUGUUCAACAGCACCUCAAACUCUGGUUUAUUCACCAACAGUCAAAGCACUGGAUUAUUCUUAAAGAGCCAGAGUUCUGGAUUAUUCUCCAACAGUCAGAGCUCAUCACUUUCCUCUGCCAAUCAAAGCAGUGGAUUGUUCUCCACCAGUCCGAGCUUUGGGGGUUCUUUCAGUAAUCGAAGCUCUGGAUUGUUCUCCGACAGUCAGAGCUCUGGACUUUCUUCUGGUAAUCAAAGCUCUGGCUCUUUUUCCAGCAAUCAAAGCACUGGAGUGUUUUCCAGUACUUCAACCCCUAUCUUGAUUGGAGGUCAAAACAUGGUUUCCACAAACCAUAAUGUGUCAGAUGACGUCAAUGAUGAGAAUGAACCAGAGCAACCCAGCAGCCCAUCAGUCAAGAAGUCUGAAGAGAAGGGUAUUGUUGUAGUCCAUGAAGUCAAGUGCAAGCUGUAUGUCAAGUCAAGUGAUCCAGCAGAUAAAGACACAUGGAAAGACAAAGGUACCGGGCAGCUUUCUAUCAAACGCAAAGAGGAUGUAGCCAAGGGUACAAAAGAGUCGAAACCGACAAUAGUUGUUCGAAAUGAUGUCGGAAGAGUGUUAUUAAAUGCUUUGCUAUAUCCAGGAAUCAAGACAAAUGCACAAAAGAAUUCCCUUGUUGCAAUAUUUCAUACUGCGGGCGAGGAUGGUGGCAACAGUGAUAACGUUGUGGCACGCACCUUCUUAAUUAGGACAAAAACAGAGGAGGAUCGAAAUAAAUUGGCAACAGCAAUACAAGAAUAUGCUCCUGCAUCAUGAUGGUAAUUGUAUGACAUGAUUCUCAAAUUUUGCAGUAAUCAAGCUUAUUAGGAACUAAGCCAACUUAUGGGAGCCAAAAAUAACCGGGGUCAAUUUUCAUAAUUUGGACCCCAUUAAUCAAUUGUAUUUAAAUUACUUGUACCAUGAGAGAAGAAAAAAAAAUAUCUCGUUUCUGAUCUUAAAACUAUAGCUUAUAUGGCAUGUUUUCUCGUUAAAUAUUGGAUAGCGGUUUCCAUUUGUAAUUUUGACGAAUGAGAGCAUCUGAUCAAUACUUCUCAUUCAAGCAAUGAAAAUUGGUUGUGAUU